AUGUCUUCGUCGGGCGGUGGUAAGCAACGCCUUGCUAUAUUCCCUACUCGUAUGGCCUUGACCAACAUGAAAAAUAAGCUGAAGGCAGCUCAAAGGGGCCAUAUGUUAUUAAAGAGAAAAAGUGAUGCUUUGACUCAGAAAUUCAGAGUCAUUCUCGAGCAAAUUAAAGAGGCAAAAUUGAAAAUGGGCACUUCUAUCCAGUCUGCCCUAUUUUCUCUGGCUCAAUGUAACUAUUCAGCCGGAGAUAUCAGCUUCUCUGUCAAAGAGUCUGUGACAACUGCCACUCUUCAAACUACCUCCAGAAGCGACAACGUCUCCGGAGUAGUCAUCCCCUUCCUUAAUCUCAACCAUGAACAUUCAUCAGACAGACUGAGUGGUCCGGCCCAGUCUUCAAUGGACUACACCGGAUUGUCCAGGGGCGGUCUUCAAGUACAGUCAACCAGAGAAAACUGGACUUCAUGCAUCGGCGAUUUGGUUGCACUUGCCUCCUUACAGGCAGCUUUUUUUAUUCUUGAUGAGGUUAUCAGAGCAACCAAUAGACGGGUCAAUGCAAUCGAACAUGUGGUGAUUCCAAAGCUUGAAAACACCAUCAAUUACAUUAUAUCUGAGCUUGACGAACAAGAUCGAGAAGAGUUUUUUCGUCUCAAAAAGGACGCAAUGCUUCUGACUGCAGAAACAACAGCAAAAAAUUCCGUGGAAGUAGAACAAGCAAUUUUUUGCACCGGAAAUAUCCUCAGCGUUGGCGAUGAUGAUGACAUUAUUUUCUAA